GCGAGGAAGGACACACCAGGGCUUGGAGAAUGCGCGGAGGGGUGGGCGGCGCUCGUCUUCCCACCGCCUGUGCGGACCGGAUGGUUGCCGGCAUAUAGUCGGUCCCACUCCCCCACCGCGCGUCCGCGCCGCUCUCGCCGCCGCAUCUACCUUCCUUGUCGUUGGCCCGGCCUUUCUCUCUGCCGUGGUGGGAGAAGCGACUCGUGCGCGCGCUCGGCCUAGAAAUUGAGCACGGAGGCGGGGGCGGCGGCUCUCCGGGGUGUGGAAGGUGCCGAGCCGCACGAGGGUGCCGCCGUUCCGAGUCGCCAAACCGGGGCCGUAGCUGUGGGGUUUUUUGGUCGGGUGGUGGGCAAGCAGAGAGCGAUGGCUACGCCCAGGAAGGGGACGGCGACGCCGCUGGGCGCUGUCUUCUCGCCGGAGGAGACAAAGAGGGCCGUGGCGAGGGUGGCCGAGGCCAUCGCCGACCGCCGUGCCGAGCUUGGGCGCCUCCAGGGUUUCGUCGCCGACAACGCCGCGCUCGUCUCCCUCGUCAACAGGCUCCCCGACGAACUCUCCCACGAGAUCAUGGUUCCCUUUGGUGGUGCUGCAUUUUUCCCAGGGAAAUUAAUCCACACGAAUGAACUCUUGGUGCUUCUAGGUGAAGGGUACUACGCACAGAGAUCUGCUAAGCAGACAACUGAGAUUUUGCACAGAAGGGGGCUGGAAUUGGAAGCUCAAGUUGAAGCGAUGAAGGCAACUAUAUCUGACCUUGAGGCUGAGGCGAAAUUCUUUGAGUCCACUGCUGACGAGGCUUCUGAGGGUCUUGUUGAAAUUAGGGAAGAAUAUGAUGAAGAGACGGAGAAUAAUUCAUUAAAAUCAGAGGCUUCAAGUUUUGCUGGGGGCAUGUCAGAUAAAGAUAGGGAACAUGCUCGAAUCAUGGCAAGGUUAGAUGAACUUGAAAUGGAAGAAAAGGAAGUUGAAAGUACUUCUGAAGAAGAAGAAGAUGCCGAUGACAAUGACGAAGAUGAUGAAGGUGCUGGAACAAGUGAGGAUGGUGAGGAAUCUGGAAAUGCUUUAAGUGGUGACAAUGAGCAUCACAGUUCUAGUUUUGGCGCCUCGUUUUCUGGAAGUGGUGGUAAUGAUAGGAGUCAUGAGAAUAUCCAGCUGAAGAGUGCAUUUAAGAAGCCUGGAGGAGGGGAACUGCUGAGAGGUGUUUCUCAUACACCAUCAGCCCACACAUCUCAUCCAGUAUUUCCUGGCCAAACUUCUAUAAUAAACUCUGAAGUUCAGGUUCCCACUAAAGCUGUUUCUUUUCAAGACGACAAGCAUAUAGUUAGUUCAUUAAAGUCUCCUCCCUUGCCACUGGAUCCGAAAUACUCUGCUCCAGGGCUCAAGGAUUCUUCAGACCUCGUUCCAUCUCGUGAUCGAAAGAUAAUAUCAAGUGGGCGAAAGCAGGCCUUUACUGGAUCUAUUAUUGAACAUGAUGACAAUCUUUCAGCCACUCAAUCUUCAGCGAGCAAUUCUUCUGAGAAACCUGGUACUUCUGCUUCUUCAAGGCCUAUGUCUAGAUUCAAGAUGCAGAAAGGAGAGCGCUGAGUCUCUGACACCAGGGUGAAUCUAUGGCAACAGAGCUGCAUUUGCGAUAAUCUCCAUAAGUGGUUGUGCUGAUACAGCACGUUUGAAUUUUAGUUGAUCAAGAUUCUUCUUUCAUACAAUGAUUGCUGAAUGGAGAUUACCGAAGUCAACAUUGUAUCCCACCACCUCCAUGGGGGCUUAAGCGACAGCGAUCAGUUCAAAUAGAGCAGUUUGUCUGAGCUGUUGAGCACCUGAAAACUAGACAUUUCCUUGUCGAGUGAUUUUUGCCUUGUGCGGACGGUGGAGUGCAUGUUCAGUGAAACGGUCUGUGGAUACGUGUGGCGUGUCCAGUAACAUGUAAGCUGCGCAACCUCCCAGGUUAUUUCAUUCAUCGGGUGGUAUGCAUAAUACUAGUUUGCUUGAAGUGCCACAUGCGAGGUCACUAUUGCGAUGUGGGCAUUACACAUCUA